UACCGAAAAUACACCGCUCGCACCGCGCACCGCUUGUUUUCCACGACGAACGCAUCGCGUGUGGCGGCACCGCGUUCGGCCGCGCGAUUUUUUUCUCGUUUUCUCGUUUCCCGACCGCGCUCCCCUUGCCCGUCGCUCGCGUCUGGUCCGACGCGCGUUUCACAUCGUUUCCCUUUCCGCUCUCAACUUUCCGCGCGUCCGUCGACCGCGUAUUGGCGCGCGUAGCGUCUCCCGUCGAGGAUACGCGUCCGGUUUUGUCCGUCUUCCGGCACUUGCAGUGUCGCAAAGCUGUCGCGCCGCCGCUGCUGCGCGCGUGUUGACGUGAAUUUGACGCGCGCGCGUUUCGUACGAGUACGUUUUGAAUUUUCAAUGUUUGCGUUCGUUUGAUCUCGAUACGUGCUCGACCGGUGCGCACCCGACGAACGUGCGACGACGGCCUGCGCGCGCUCGCCGAACGUUGAUAGAUUACUAUUGGCUCGUCGGUACGAGUGACGGCGACGCUCCGGGACCAGGGAAUCGAGGAGAAUCUCACGAGGAAAAAUUCUCCGACGACGUCCUGGACGUCAUCAUCGUCGGAUCGUUAUGCAUAAAUAACGUUCGUGGGUACGCGACAACAGUAUUUAUGGUGUCGACGCGAUCGCGUAACAUAAAGCGAAUUCGACGGUUGUGCAGUCCAAUCAGUAUCGUACCGGGUACCCGUCCUCGGACCUGUGUUCCCUGAACGGCCUAAUGUGAGGUUGGUCGCACCGUGUCAAACGCUAUAUCUAUUCGUCGUCUAAGCUCAGUGUUCUCCUUCGGGAUCGAAGCGUACGGACCGAGCUUCAAACGUGUGUGAACCACAUAUUAUCUUUUUCCAGAUACAAAUUGAAAAAUGUUGACUUACAUAGAUGUUCAUUUAAUCUAUACGUUACCAGUCAUCGCGACAUUGUCGUUGAUAACAUGGCCGUUUGUGAGUCGUUUAGAAUUGUUCAAGAUCAUAUUCGUUUGUGCAAUGGCUUUUAUCUACACUACUCCAUGGGAUAACUAUAUAAUUUUCCACAACGCCUGGAUGUACAAGCCUGAAAAUAUUUUGAGCGUUAUAGGAUAUGUUCCGGUCGAGGAGUACAUGUUUUUCGUCAUACAAACCGUAAUGACAUCACUCUGGGCUUUAAUUUGCACCCGAUGGUCUCCCAGUUGUUUUAACUUUAACUACAAUAAGAAUAGCUACCGAUUGAUUCGAUGGAUACCGAUAUCGCUCUUAGUAAUAACCGCGGUCCAAGGUUGGAACAUGGCAGUUCCCGGUAAACACACCUUUUACUUGGGAUGUAUACUGUGGUGGUCUUGUCCGGUCAUUAUAUUUCUAUGGUUCGGCGCCGGUAACUACUUUGUUAAAAAGUCAACGUCGACGGCGAUCGCGGUAAUCGUUCCUACCUUAUACUUGUGCUGGGUCGAUCAAAUAGCGUUAAAAAACAACGUAUGGCACAUUAACGAGAAAACAUCGUUGAACAUAUUUCUCGCAGAAGAUUUGCCGUUCGAAGAAUGCCUGUUUUUCCUAAUCACCAACGUGAUAAUCGUCUUGGGCAGCAUGGCCUUUGACAAAUCUUAUGGGCUUGCGGACAUGUACGCGAUCGAAUUUCCACUGAGUUUCAGCAUAAGCUGGAAGUAUAAACGUCAGCAGUUUCAAGCGUUCGCGACGGCCGAGAGCGAUAUGUCUCCGAUUCCGGUCAACGAUAUUCGACAUUGUUUAAACGUACUCAGAAGAGCAUCGAAAUCGUUUAACGUCGCCAGUCUAGUCUUCCCAGCAGGAAUCCGUUUGCAUUUGAUAAUGUUGUACGCAUUUUGUCGCGUGACGGACGACAUGAUCGACAACGAACCGGCAGCCAACAAAAAGAAACACAAACUGAUGGUGAUCGAUCGGUUCAUCGUAGAGAUGUUCGCGGACCGAGACUCGGACUACGGCGUGAGCACGGCGACGGUGCGGGAACCGAAUAUCGACUGGGCGCAUUACCGCCAGGAGCUGAGCGACGAGGAGCUGUCGUGUUUCCGGGCCAUAUCGCGGAUAUCGUUUUACAUGCCGCGGAAGCCGUUCUACGAGCUGCUCGAAGGCUACAGGUGGGACGUGGCCGGCAAAAGCGUCGAGAACGAGAGUGACCUGCUGCUGUACUCCAGCUACGUUGCCGGUAGCGUGGGCACGCUCUGCGUGUACGUCAUGUUGUACAAGAGCGGCGUGUCGCUCACCGAAGACAUACGCGAUUACAUAAUCGGAAAAGCGCAAAAAAUGGGACAGGUGCUCCAAAUCGUCAACAUCUCGCGGGACAUAGUGACGGACAGCGAAACGUUGGGCCGGUGCUACGUGCCGGCCGAGUACAUGGACGACAGGGCGGCCGAGACGAAAACGCUGUGCGUGGACAAGGACCCGUGGUCGCUGGGCGCGGACAAGCUGAAGGCGUACGCGGUGCGCAUGAUCGAGCUGGCCGACCGGUACCGGCUGGAGUCGCUGGAGGGCAUCGGUCAGCUGCCGUACGAAGUGCGGGGGCCCGUGCUGGUGGCCACCGACGUGUACCGAAGCGUGGCCACCGCGAUCCAAUCGUGCCCGACGUACCCGAGGAGAGCGUCGCUGAGCGAUUGGGACAAGGUGCGCGUGGCGGGCGGCUCGUUGUACUUCGGCAGUCUCAAGUACUUCGCGCGCGUCCCGCCGCCGACGCACUGCUGACGCGGUGUCGAAGACGUGGCCGCGGACCGCCGAUCCGGGAUCGUGUGCACCACCCGCACGACGCGCGGACAUCGCGAACGUGCCGCAACGCUUGCCGUGCACGUCAACAUCGCUCGGGCCGCCACGUACACCGCGUGAAACGUUUCCGUAACGCAAACGCACGCGUUUCGUAACGAGGUGCACGCGUCGCGGGUAAAACGCGACGGGCGGAUUGUGCGUGCACCAGUGGUGCGAAUCGAAUCCGCAUUUCGGGUGUUAACGCUGCGCGACCGUGGUUUAAAACGUCGACGCGUUGCAAAAUACGCGCGUAGUCAUCGGAACUGCGUUGCAAGUCGUACGCAAUAAUAACGCAAACUCGACUCUCCGAGAUCCGAAUUCUGAGUGAAAUCCCAAUUUCGAAUCCCGUAAGCCCGGGUUCUCAAACUUCGGCGAGCCCGAUUCGGAUUCCGUCAUUAGUGCACGCACCGUCCGGACGAUUCCAUUCGACAUGUCCAGCCGUGACUGUCGGAUAUGGAAAAGUAUACGAUAUUUUUUCCGUAAAUCGCCCCGGGCCCCAACCAGGGGUGCAAUUUGGGGGGGAGCAGGGUGUGUACUCGCAUGCCCUGCAUUUUUUUCAUCUUCAAUUAUUGACUAUUGGCCAAGACGUCACCGAUACAUGUCUUGCCGCCUCGGCCUUCAGUUUUCCAAUCUUUAAUAUUAUGCAUGCACCGUGGCUAAUCAGUAAUCACUGCUAAUCAUAAAUGUUGGCCUGAUGGUGAGAAAAAUUUGCCCUAUUUAAUUGCUUGCACACCCUUAAAAAAAAACUGAAAUGGCGCCCUAACCCCUGGCCCAAACAUAGUUUCCCGCACCUGUUUAUUACGCGAUCUCGGCGAUUGCAUCCGAUGAGAUUCGACAUCUAGACCGAUACCUCCGUAAUCAGUGCAAGGGGGGCCGUUUCAAGAAUGAAAUCGUUGCGUUCCGUACGGUGAUGAACCUGUUCAACGGCUCACGUUUCGUAAAUUUCAAAAUUUUUGUUUACGCCGUAAAAAAACUGCCGCCCGGGACAGCUUCCCCCCUUCCCCCCACCUUAAUCUGAAACUGAUUAUUAUUAUAGUCUUCGAGAGUAUUCUUCCGAUUUGAUGCAAUCGCGCGUUUUACUUUAUACCUGUUAAUAUUAUUGAUAAGUUUAUUUAUUUUUUUUAUUAUUCCUUUGAAAUGUUUUAAUCGAAACGCGAUAUAACA